CAAAAUGUAUGUGUCCCCUGGGCAGGAAGUGAACUUCUAGUCCGAGGCUAGUAGACCCUGACGUCUCUGUGAGCUCCUGUCGGAACAACCUCUUCUGUCUCGCACCCGCACUGACGGCCGCGGGUAAACUGAAAAAUGCCCAGUUUUUGCGGGCGCCAGUGCAGUUUUGUUCCUCAUGGCAGGUGAUCAUGACAGGAAGGAAAAGAAUGACAGUGAUAUCAAGACGCCUGCCAAAGGAGAGGCCCGCACCCCGACUCGGCACGCGCGCGAUCGGGCUCCUAUUCUGUCUGCUGAUGGCAUGUCCGAUGUAUCGCCCAGGUCUUCCGUGCCCGCGACUCCGCGCCACCGUCCCGGCGGUCGGGCUGCUGGCUCUCGAGCCUCUCGCGACGGCGCUGAGGCAGCGGGGACUCUUGGGCAGAGUUCGCAUCGAUCCAGGAAAAAGCGUGGAGGCCUGCCCCCUGGCGGCUCGCAGGAGGAGCGGGCCCGCUUUUUCGCCGCCGCUGCUGCCUUGCGGGCGUCGGACUUUCUCGAGCUGGACGCGGCGCCCGCGUUCCCGUCGCAGGAGUUGGCCUGUGCUGAGGAACCCCAUGGUGCCGCGGCAGCCGCUGGCGGUAGUUUGGCUGCGGCCCCUGUGGGCCCACUGCAGUGGCCCCUCCAUCCGAGUUCUGGCAGCGGUGGUGCGCGUCAUCAUCUGGCUGGCCGCUGGCGUGGCGGGGGUCCCGCUGGCGACGGUGCCACUCGUGUGCUAGGCGCCGCUGCUGCCUCGAGCAUUGGAAGUGGUGGCCUUGGUGGCCCACGGCUUGAUCCCUGGGCUGGCUCGCUGCCGCACUCGGAGCUCGACGUCUCCAAAAACCAGCUGCUCGACGAGGUUCAUGGCACCGUCAAGGAGGUUGCGGACUCCAUCGUCCGUCGGCGGCCCCAUGGCGUCAUCGAGCCGCUUCUCAACAAGUUCGGCGAGACGCUGCAGCGGCGGUUCGCGGCCAGUGGUCGACGCAUGCAGAGUCUUGACCAGCGAUGUGAUGCCAAUGGUCGGUUUCGCGUUCAGCUCGAGGAGCGGACGGCGACGCUCGGGAAGGAGCUCGACCUUGCCAAAGCCGCCCCUAGGGCGACUGGGCUCGCGCCGCAGACCCUGGGAUCUUCACGGCGUUUGCGAGGGAGGACGUGGCUCGGGCCACGGUGGAAGCUGCGCUUCGGGAUUGGCCGGCAGGGGCCAGCUACACCAUGGGCGAGCACUUCCACAUCGAGGGUGGGCCGCUGGCGCAGAUACGCGCUGACGGUUUUCUGAACAUAACUCGAGCUUCAGGGCAGCUACAGAGCUGGCAAGCACACCUAUCGCAUUCAGAAUCAUCAGGCGCGCUCGUCUGUUGAAUCCAGAGGUCUGAACUCGGUCUGCUAGCCGAGCUAGGUCUGCAAACCUAUUCGUAUUAUUCAAAUCAUCUUGACAGGAACUCUCGGUUUUUUUGUACUUAACUCGAGCUGUAGGACAGCUACAGAGCUGAUAUUUACAGGCACCAAUUCAGAAUCAUCAGUUGCGUUUGUCUGUCGAAUCCAGAGC